AUGCCCUCUCCCUCCAUUCUUGCCGCUGCUGCUGCCACCACCCUCUCGUUCUGCACCCGACGCUCCCCCCGACUCAUUACCCGCACCACAGCCGCCAGCACAUUUCGGCAGCUUCAGCACCGAGCCGUCGUUCCGCUCUCUCCAGGCCCCCCAGUCUCUCCCGUCUCUCCCGUCUCUCGCACCUUUCCUGCGUGGAAGUACCGCAGCCGCGCCUUCACCAUGUCCGCGCCGUCAGCUGCGGCCGAGCAGCUGACCAAGCUGGUUGCCGGGCUAAAUCUGGGCGAUGCCACCGACAAGUACCCCAACUGCCAUCCGACGACGAAUCCGUUUGAUCUCUACCGGGCCCACCUGGCCAACACGCUGGCCACGGUGACGGGUGUGGCGCCGGCCAUUGUCUACCCGGCCUUGCAGUGGACGACCGGUCUCGACAAGGGCGACCUCAUCCUGGCGGUGCCAGCGCUGCGGGUCAAGGGGCGCAAGCCGGACGAGCUGGCCAAGGAGUGGGUGGAAGCGUUCCCGACCGAAGAUGCGCUCGUCGAGCCACCGACGGUGACGGGCUACUUUAUCCAGUUCUACUUCAAGCCUGGCCCGCUCGCCAAGCUCACGCUGCCGACGAUCUUGCGGGAGGGCAAGGCGUUUGGCAACGACAAGACCAACGGCCUGCAGGACCCCAAGGACGCCAGCAAGGGCCGCAAGCGGCUCGUCGUCGAGUUCUCCAGUCCCAACAUCGCCAAGCCCUUCCAUGCCGGCCAUCUGCGCAGCACGAUCAUUGGCGGCUUCCUCGCAAACCUGCACGAGGGCGUCGGCUGGGAUGUUGUGCGGAUCAACUACCUGGGCGACUGGGGCAAGCAGUAUGGCCUCCUGGCGCUGGCGUACGAGCGCUUCGGCGACGAAGAGGCGCUCAGCAAGAACCCCAUUGCCCACCUGUUUGACAUUUACGUCAAGAUUAAUGCUGCUAUGUCGGAAGAGAAGGACAAGAUCGACGCGCUGAAGAAGGAGGGCAAGACGGACGAGGCACAGAAGCUGCUGGAUGCCAGCCUGGACGAGCAGGCGCGCCAGUACUUCAAAAAGAUGACGGACGGCGACGCGACGGCCGUGGCGCUCUGGCGGCGCUUCCGCGACCUGUCGAUCGUGCGGUACAAGGAGACGUACGCGCGGCUCAACAUCCGCUUUGACGACUACAGCGGCGAGUCACAGGUGCCGCAGGCGUCCAUGGACCGAUCGGCUGCCCGCAUGGCCGAGCUGAACAUCACCGAGGAGUCUGAGGGCGCGCUGAUUGUCAACUUUUCCAAGCACGUUCCCGGGAAAGAGGGCAAGCGACUGGAGCGGCCGCUGGAGGAGAAAUACCAUUUUGACAAGAUGAUCUACGUCGUGGCCUCGGCCCAGGACCUGCAUCUCAAGCAGCUCUUCAAGAUUGUCGAGCUGAUGGGUUACAAGGAGAUUGCCGACAAGUGCUCGCACGUCAACUUUGGUCUGGUGCUGGGCAUGAGCACGCGCCGCGGUACCGUCAAGUUCCUCGACGACAUCCUCCGCGACGUGGCCGACAAGAUGCACGAGGUCAUGAAGACCAACGAGGUCAAGUACUCGCAGGUCGAGAACCCCGAGGCCGUGGCCGACGUGCUGGGCAUCUCGGCCGUCAUGGUCCAGGACAUGACUGGAAAGCGCAUCAACAACUACACCUUUGACAUUGCCAAGAUGACCUCCUUCGAGGGCGACACCGGCCCGUACCUGCAGUACGCCCACGCGCGCGUCUGCUCGAUCGAGCGCCGGUCUGGCCUCUCGCACAGCGAUCUCGAGACGGCCGACACGACGCUGCUGGCCGAAGCCCAUGCCACCAACAUCAUCCGCCUGCUGGCCCAGUGGCCCGACGUCGUGCAGAACACGCUCAAGACACUCGAACCCACCACCGUGCUGACGUACCUCUUCAAGAUGACCCACGCCCUCAGCUCGUCCUACGACCAUCUGCAGGUCAUCGGCAGCGAACCCGAGCUGCUCAAGGCCCGCAUGGCUCUCUACGGCGCCGCCCGCAUCGUUCUCGGAAACGGCAUGCGCAUCCUCGGCCUCAGCCCGGUCGAUCGGAUGUGA